AUGUCCAACAGCAGCUCCUUCAACGAGCUCCUUCUCCGGGCAUUUGUGGACAGUAGGGAGCUGCAGCUCUUGCACUUCUCGCUCUUUCUGGGCAUCUACCUGGCUGCCCUCCUGGGCAAUGGCCUCAUCAUCACAGCUGUAGCCUGCAACCACCACCUCCACACCCCCAUGUACUUCUUCCUCCUCAGUCUCUCUGUUCUAGACCUAGGCACCAUCUCCACCACUGUCCCCAAAUCCAUGGCCAAUUCCCUAUGGGACACUAGGGCCAUUUCCUAUUCGGGAUGUGCUGCACAGGUCUUCCUGGUUGUGUUCUUGUUCAUGGCAGGCACUCUCACAUUUGCCUACCUGAAGCCCCCCUCCUUCUCCUCCCCAUCUCUGGAUCUGGUGCUGACUGUCCUGUAUUCGAUGGUGCCUCCAACAGUGAACCCCCUCACCCACAGCAUGAGGAACAAGGAGCUCAAGGAGGCACUGAGGAAAAUGAUUCAGCUGGACCUUGGCACCAUCUCUGUCACUGUCCCCAAAUCCAUGGCCAAUUCCCUCUGGAAUACCAGGGCCAUUUCCUACUUGGGAUGUGCUGCCCAAGUCUUUUGGUUUCUCUUCUUACUUUCAGCAGAAUAUUUCCUUCUUACUGUCAUGGCGUAUGACCGCUACAUUGCCAUCUGCAGACCCCUGCACUACGGGACCCUCCUGGACAGCAGAGCUUGUGUCAAAAUGGCAGCAGCUGUCUGGGUCAGUGGUUUUCUCUAUUCUGCCCUGCACACUGCUAACACAUUUUCAAUACCACUCUGCCAAGGCAAUGCCCUGGAGCAGUUCUUCUGUGAAGUUCCCCAGAUCCUCAAGCUCUCCUGUUCAGACUCCUACCUCAGGGAAGCUGGCCUUCUUGUGGCUAGUGUUUGUUUAGUCUUCGGGUGUUUUGUUUUCAUUGUGGUGUCCUAUGUGCAGAUCUUCACUGCUGUGCUGAGGAUCCCCUCUGAGCAGGGCCAGCACAAAGCCUUUUCCAUGUGCCUCCCGCACCUGGCCGUGGUCUCCCUGUUUGUCAGCACUGACAUGUUUGUCUACCUGAAGCCCCCCUCCAUCUCCUCCCCAGCUGUGGACCUGGUGCUGGCUGUUCUGUACUCGGUGGUGCCUCCAACAGUGAACCCCCUCAUCUACAGCAUGAGGAACAAGGAGCUCAAGGAUGCACUGAAGAAACUUAUUCAACUGGUACCAGAUCAGCAGCUGUAA